AUGAGUCCUUUUCUUUCUCCCACAAUAGGUUUGGGUCAGACCGUGCAACAAAAUGUCAGCAUCCUCUACCCUCAACUCCUCACUACUCAAUUUAUUCACUGCAAAUGCCUUGAUGUCGCCUGCCAAACAGUCUUCUGGUUCCGCACGCUUCCCGGCCAGAAUAAAGUUCAAUAUUUGGGCAGGUUCAACAUUGCCAAUCGUAUAGAUUACGCCGAUAAUGUGGAUGUCAAUCGGUUCCUAUUCAACAAAAAAAACACUGACAUCUUCACACUGCAAAUCAUAAAUGUGACCAAAGAGGACACUGGGACCUAUUCUUGUUUUAUGAAGGACAGAAGAAAUAACGAAGAGUGGCUGGCUGGUGCUCUUCUUCUCCCUGGAGCAGAUGAUUGCGACUCACUUAUACUUUGGGCAUUGGUUGGUCUCGUCACAGUCCUGAUGACCACUCUUUUCUGCACCCUGUACUACUUCAGCCGACUUCCAAAAAAAUGUCGCCACCAAUUUGUGAAGUGA